AUCAUACGUUUUUUUUUUUUUUUGUUAUGUUAUUUCAUUUCGACUGUGCGGAGUAGUGUAAUUUAUUUGUCAUUAGUCACCUACUAAUAUCGUUAUAAUUUUUUGUUUUUUUGAUUUUUAACGGUCGUGUACUUAUCGCUAUCGCCCGUCACUCCGUCCCGUCGUGUACGUCGGUUUUUGAUCUUCGUUCAGUUAUUUUAAUCUUUCAAUAAGCGCUAAACGUCCUCGGAAAAACACGAGUUAUUGAUUGGGCACGAGCGGAGUUUUUGUUUUCGCCUCACUCGCCGUCCGUGGCGCGCGCGCUUCCCGCCACCGCCGCCGACGACAACGUUGUCGCUGACGACGACUACGACGACGACGACGACGACGAUAACGGCAACGAGUGUUUUUCCGCGAACUCUUUUCUCGACUCCUCCGUCCGCCGCCGUACCCGCACGCGCCAAUACCAUCCCGCCCGGGUCAGGUUCUUGGCGCGCGCGUUAUCGCCACCGCCGACUAGACCGCUGACCGGUGUGAGCCACAGCUGCCACCACUGCUGGCACUCUCGCCACUGCCGACGCGGCCGUCGGACACGAUUAACGGCCACGACCACGCGCAUUUUCCUAUUUGUAAACGACAAAAUGAUCGUGAUCGAGUAAAUGAAGUUCAAUUCAUACAACCGUUUCAAUUUCAACUAUUUACAUUAAAAUCAAGAUUCUUCAAUGAAAGUAAAAUGACUGCAAAAGAGAGUUUUGAGUUCAAAACAAUCAUGAUAAAACCCAAGUCCAAGCACACCAUUAGACAUAUCUUAGAAUUGCCAUCCAGCUUGCCACCAUCUAAACGUCCUGCUGCCAAACCUCCAGAUUCGCCUUGGACGAAACGAAGAAAACUAAUACUUCCUCCAGUUAAUAAACAGAAAUACCUAGAACCUUCACCUUGGUUACAGACCAAUUUCCCGUUCAAGGCGUUUCAACACAAACUCGCCACUGACACUGCUGGUCCAGAAGACCUGUCAGUCCGGCGGGUGAGAUAUACACAAGCAAUGAGCAAAGAAGAAAAACUACCAACUAACGGCGUGGGGUAUGCGGCCCAUCAGGUCGAUGGACAAAUGUCGACGUCAAAACGCAAGUCAUCGGGUGACGGAGCGGCGGCCUGCAACAAGGCCCAGUCAACCGUGGACGAGACGUUCGCGCACAAAAAAAGGAGACGAGCGCUGAAACAGAUGCAAGAGGUGGCCGCGGACAAGGACAACAACAAAGGCUCGUCAGAACAGCAGCAGCAAGACAACAACAACGGCGGUGGCAGUGCGGCGGUGGCGCAAAAGACGAUGGUGCUGCCGAAGAAACGACCGCUGGCCGGUCAGCCAGCCACCGGGACGGCCACGGCGGCCGGACAACAGACGGCCGCUACCGUGCCGAAAAAACAGGCAAAGGCCAGCGGCGACGAAGUGGUGGACGACGAGACACUCAUACGCGAAACGGAAGCGGCGCUUAAGAGCCUAUCGGGCGGGUGGCCGGGCGCGCGGCACUCGUUUUACCGGACAGGACACGACGAUGACCGGUACGAGUCGCCGGCGUUCGUCAAUCUGUUCGACGAGAAAAAAAUCGGCAACGGCAGCGGUGCUCAUCCGCCGCCGCCAACGGCCACCAGAGUGGACGAGAACAAGAACAACACGAGCGACGAGAAACCGACGCAGCAACAGCCGCCGCAACAACAACGCCGCGACAUCGACCACAUUUUGCUCAACAAGAUCGACAAAGAUUGCGAGCACAACAAAAAACCGGACAAAUACGCUCCGUCCAAAUACGAACCAGACUUUAACGAACUGGUAGACGAUUCGUCGGACGAACUCGAGAUCGAUAUGUCGGCCGACGGCGGCGGUGGCGACGGCGGCUGCAGUGGCGACGACGACAGGGGCGACGGCGGUGGUGACGACGAUGACGACGACGACAACGACGACGACGACGAGAGCGGUGGCUGCGGCGGACGCGGCCGCGGCAGAGGUCACGCCGGCGGUGACCGGCUCCGGCGCAAGAUGGACGUGGACCGCCGGAACAACAACAGUCACGUGCGCCCCAACGAGAUGAUGACUUCUCUGAAGUCCGAGACCGAGUCGUCGUCGUACGACGCGUACCUGAUGGACAAGACGGCGUUCUCUGCGUUCCGACCGGUGGCCAGCGGUGGCGUCGGUGAGCCCAAAGACCCGACCCGCCUGGACCUACCCACCGCAGUCGGCGCGGCCAUGUCCCCACUGGGACCGUACCCGCCGGCCGGCGCCACUUUCGUGGUCGGUUACACAGUGCCCGGCGGCGGACUCGUGUCCAACGGCGUCUCGGCGGCGGGCGGGGCGGGGCACGGUUCACCGGUCAAGCAUUUAUUGGCCAGCGGAAACGCGGUUGGUGGCAAUGGCGGUUCGGUAACGCCGGUCAAGCCUGUUUGCGUAAAAUUGGAAGACGACGGGUGCAGCAAUAACGCGGCCGACUGCAAAACGGACGGGGCCGUCAUCAAGAUGGACUCGCCCAGUCCGCUAUCCAAGCAGUAUACCAUACUUCAGCCGGCUGGAGCCGAUUCUAGGGCGGCUUCCGCGCUCCAAGACGUGGCCAGGGAAGGCGUACUAGGCGCUUCGGUGGUGAGCGCGGCGGGUGGCGAUGGCCUGUCGCCGAGGAUGACGUCCGGCGGCGGCACGCCCAAACUGCUUCUCGAUCCAAUGGACAGUGGUAUGAUGCUACCCGGGUGCAUGAACAACAAAGAUGGAAAUAAAUGUCCCACGCCAGGAUGUACCGGUCAAGGGCACAUCACAGGACUGUACUCGCACCACAGAAGCUUGUCGGGAUGUCCCCGCAAGGAUAAAGUGACACCAGAAAUGUGCAACAACGGAGGACUCGAUCAGCAGCAGUAUAAACACAUGGGCAACAUCAAUAAAGACGCGUACCAGCAGAUGGGUGGCCACUACGGUGACCACUGCAGUGGCGGUGGUUCAACCGGCCGAUCGCCAGAAUACCUGACGGCGGCCACGGCGUACUAUGGCCCGGCGGCAAUGGGCGCCAAGCUGACGGUCAAGCCGUCCAAGAUGCUGCACAAGGAUUUGGACGCUAACGUACCAGAUAUGGAAGAUGAGAAACCGGACGCGAAACAGCUGCGCCUCAAGUCCGAGAUGGGAUGCUGCGGCGAAGGAUCUGCACCAGGAACACAAGACGACGCCAUGACCAUCAAGUCGGAAAUGCACUCGACCGGCUCGUGUCGUUCAGUGACGCCCCCGUGCAGCCGACGCACUCCGAUGACUAUGUCGUCAUACGACCACUGUCACGAUUCCAACUCGUCAUCCAUGUCUGGUAGCAUGGAUGCCAUGACCCACCAUCAACAGCAACAACAACAGCAACAACAGCAACAACAGCAACAACAGCAACAACAGCAACAACAACAACAACAACAACAACAGCAACAGCAACAGCAACAGCAACAACAACAGCAACAGCAACAACAGCAACAGCAACAACAGCAACAGCAACAACAGCAGCAGCAACAACAAAUCCAACCACACGGCAACGGCGGAAUGUCAGGUCAACAACAACAACACGGUUCGUCCGGAUCUUACAUGUUGAUGGACAACAACACGAGACUGCAACACAGACCGUACGAACCGCAGCAAAUCAACGGCGGCAGUGGCGGCCAACAGCAAGACAUGUACAACAGGUCAGUGGCCGCGGCCGCCGACCGCAACUAUGCGCUGACUAACAUCAACCGACCGUCGCCGUCGUAUUCCACGGAAGUUCCCGCCCGGUCGCAGUACGACCAUGUCCGGCCGCCGUCAUAUCCGAAUCCACUGAACGCGGCCGUGGCCGCAGCCGCUGCGGCGUACGCCGACCGCUACGAAUCCGAUCAGUCAUGUCAACGGUACCCGUCCGAAUAUGGAGACGCCGCCGCCGCCGCCAUGUACCAACCACACCAGAUGAUCAUGAAACCCGAACAGCCCGUCCAAAUGGACGAUGCCAUCGAACCGCCACUCUAUCCCAGGCCGCUAUACCAGUACGAAGGAGCGAAUCCGCCCACUUCCACCGGCGGCGGCCCGGUCAUCCAAUCGGGUUUUCCCACAGCAGCAGCGAUCAAUCUGUCGGUGAAGUGCAUCGCUGCUGCGAGUACCGGGAUGAAGCCACUUCCGUUACCGUUGCCGCUACCGCUAACCCGGUCACCGGGCACAGUGUCGGUCAUGGACCUAUCCACGUCCAGCGUGACUUCAACCAGUCCACAGACUGUCACGUAUUCAAACAGCCUGAGCCCGCAUCAUUACGCAGGAACCACCGGACACCGUACCAGCCCGAAUACGUCGACAUCCAGUCCGCAGGUCAACCAGGCACCAAGCCCACAAGGUCAAACUUUGGACCUCAGCGUCAACAGGCUAGUGUUUCCUGGAGGAGCGCCUAACGGAUACAGCAGAGAGUCGACACCCGAAAGCGGAGGUUCCCAUUACAUGGACCACUAUAGGGACGUGAACGGUUACACGUCAUUGAGCCCACAUCCUGGAUAUCCUAUGCCAGAGUACGCAAACGGGUACUCGACGCCAUAUAGCACGUCAGCAUACUCGUGCGGCUAUUCAGCAGGUGCCUACCAACAAGGCGCACCGCCCAACGGGUUCUCGCAGAAUCCGUGUUACAGUAUGCCACCGCCGCAACAAGACAAACUCUCAGUCUCGUCUAAAGACGACAGUAUUUCUGUUUGUGCAAGAAGUGAUCGUUCUUCAUCACAACCAGGAAUUUCUUCAACACAUUCACAAGAACUAAAAUGUCCCACACCUGGCUGUGAUGGGUCUGGUCAUGUAACAGGAAAUUAUUCUUCUCAUAGAUCCCUAUCUGGAUGUCCUCGGGCCAAUAAGCCAAAGAGUAAACCUCGAGACGGUCAAGAUUCUGAGCCACUAAGAUGCCCUAUACCUGGAUGUGAUGGAUCUGGACAUGCUACAGGCAAAUUUUUAUCUCACAGAAGUGCAUCCGGUUGUCCAAUUGCAAAUCGUAACAAAAUGCGUGUACUUGAAAGUGGGGGAACUGUUGAACAGCAUAAAGCUAAUAUAGCCAAACUGCAACAACAACAACAACACCAUCAUCAGCAAUCUGACCAAACUGGCUGUGAACCAUCUCAUUUAAACUCCAGUUCUUUUCUUCACCGUGGUGCACCAACUCUCAGUGUUUGCCAUCCAUCAGCACCAAAUUUAGCAUCAGGAAAAAAACCUAUCCCAGCAAACGCUGCUGAUUCAUUGUAUCAUCAUAUGUACGGCUCGAAACAACUUCAUAAUGAUUGUAAUAUGGGGAACGGUGGUGAAGAUCUAUUUACUUUGGAUGCUGAAAUAACGGAAUUGCAACGAGAAAAUGCACGCGUCGAAUCCCAAAUGUUGAGAUUGAAGACAGACAUCAAUGCUAUGGAGGCUCAUCUUCGACACGGGGAUAAGGAAACACAAAUCUUAUCUCAACGACAAAAUUCCCAUUUGAAUGGGUACUAUGAAAACCUAAGGAACAACAUGAUGUCAUUUUUGGAACAAGUGAGAUGUCCAGACGGUCAAUCUGGUUCCGAAAAGACUCAAGAACACUUUGACAGUUAUCUGACCAAGUUACAGACAUUAUGCAAUAACCCACAUUCUGAUUACAUGACCUAUAACAAUUUAACCUCGUCCACUGCAGACAACAACCGUCCCAUCUUUGAAACAGUUAAAUCAUCCAUACAUGAUUACAAUGUGUUGCCGCCAACAGUCAUAUAGAACGAUACAAAACACUAACUUUAAUCAGUAAUUAGCAAAUGGACUAAAUGUCUAUACUUUCCAAGCGUCAUUAAUAGUUAAUAUUAUAUUGUUAAGCCCUAUGGACAUAUAUUAUAUAUAUAUAUACUUAAAUACUUGUAUAAAUUAACUAAAUUGUAAAUUAGUUUAUGUACGGUUUUAAAUAUUAAUUUUGCAUUUGGAACUAAUUGACCAAAUCUAAGUAGAAAUUUGUAUCUAUUUAACUAUAUAACAUGAUAAAACUAUUAUAAUACAAUCAGUUAUUAUAAUAACCGUUUUAUAGGCUUAAGCAAUAAAUAUUCUGUUAAAUGUAAUAUUUCUAUUUCAAUGGUUUUUUUCAUGUAAAAACAUAUUUUACAACAUA